UAGAUAAACAAAUUCUUCUCUCGCCCUUUUCCGAAGCAAACCGGAAUUUAGAACAAUCUGCACGAAAGUGAAUAGAAAUGUGGUAGUUUGGAUUAUGAAAGUGUCUAGCACGCUUCAAUUCUAAUCGUUUAUGUUAAGCAAUACUACAUCACCUAGCAAUUAAACCUGCGUACUAACUAAAUCGUCAGACCUGUUCUCCUGCAAGAUAUCAACUUACCCAAAAUGAAGCUAGCGAUAAGUAUAGGAGUGGCCGCAGCGGUGCGCUAUCUACUGAUGAAUUCACGGUAUUCCCAAGGAAUACAAAACCGGGUCGAAGUAUCUACCCCUAUAAAUGCGUGGAAACGAGUCGAAGAAGGUGCAUAUCUGUAUGCGAAUGGAGUCAACCCUUACGAUGGGGACGUGUAUCACAAAAAUCCAAUUAUUCUGCACGCUUCCCGCUGGCUGCUAGAUAACGUCCCAAGUGCCAUACCGUCACUUUUCAUCCUGCUGGACGUGUUGACGGGGAUCUUACUCCUGCUAGCGGCACGAGUAUUCAUCCGCGAGAUGUACGAAAAACAACGAAAAGAACUGAAUACCUACGCGAAGGACACGGAAGAGCUUCAUCUUGUCGAAGCGGAUCUACACACGGUACCGAUGUCCGUAGGGUUUGCCUACCUGUUCAAUCCGUACACUAUUCUAAACUGCGUUGGACAGACGACGACCGUGUGGAGUAACUUCCUGCUGGCCGCUUUUUUAUAUGGCCUAUCGCGUCGUCAACGAAUGUUCAGUUUCCUGGCGCUUGCCCUCGAAACGCAAAUUAAUCUGUAUCCAUUUGUGUUACUCGCACCGGGAGCAUUGCACAUUGCCAAUCAACAGAUGAGGACGGAUGGACGUGACAGCAGAUUUCGCAGCAUAACGGUCAGCUGCUUGUUAUUUGCAAGCUUAUUUGUGGGAGUUAAUUAUUUCGGUAACUUCCUGAUGGGCGGAGACUGGAGUUUCCUAGAUGCCACCUAUGGCUUCAUCAUCAACUGCCGCAGCUUACAACCAAAUAUUGGGCUUUUCUGGUACUUCUUCACCGAAAUGUUCGAUCACUUCCGGACGCUGUUCCUGUACUCGUUCCAGAUCAAUGCCACAUUGCUGUACCUGUUUCCGCUCACGUUUAAACUGCACAAGGAACCGAUCAUGCUGGCAACGAUGCUGAUCGGGCUGGCGGCUGUAUUUCGAUCGUAUCCGUGCAUCGGUGAUGUGAGCUUCUACCUUGCCCUCAUUCCGCUGUGGAAAUCGAUUUCCAUGUUCAUGAAGAACAAUUUCAUCGUCGGUGCAACGAUGCUGGUCACGAGCGUACUUGCUCCAACCGUGUGGCAUCUGUGGAUUUACAACAAUUCGGCCAACGCCAACUUUUACUUCGGCGUAACGUUAAUAUUCUGCACAGCACAGAUAUUCCUCAUAACCGAUCUCUUCUUUGGGUACAUCAAGCGAGAGUUCUGCCUAAAGCACGGCAUCCGUGUGUUGGUGGAUGGUAAGGAGGCCCGAAUAACGUUGGAGUAUUAAAACCCAUUUCAAAGAUGUUACCAUCACCGGUACACAUUGUUAGCGUCGAUAAGGGAAGAGCAGCUGUAAAGAAAGCUUAGAACAAAUAAUAAAUGAUUUAAAUUUCAACCUUUUUCAA